AUGGGACAUCCGUCCUCCGGCGGCAUGGGGCAGCCCAAGCUCCGCAAGGGGCUGUGGUCACCCGUGGAAGACGAGAAGCUCUACAACCACAUCAUCCGGCACGGCGUCGGCUGCUGGAGCUCCGUCCCCAGGCUAGCCGGGCUGCACCGCUGCGGCAAGAGCUGUCGCUUCCGGUGGCUCAACUACCUCCGCCCCGACCUCAGGCGCGGCAGCUUCUCGCAGCAGGAGGAGGACCACAUCGUCGCGCUCCACCAGAUCCUCGGCAACAGGUGGUCGCAGAUCGCGUCGCGCCUGCCGGGCCGGACGGACAACGAGAUCAAGAACUUCUGGAACAGCUGCAUCAAGAAGAAGCUCCGGCAGCAGGGCAUCGACCCGGCCACGCAGAAGCCCAAGGGUAUGGCCACCGCGGCAUUGCCGGACGUCGAAAUGGAAGACCGUAAGGCCCUUUCCACGGUGGUCGACGGCGGCCUCGCUCAGAAGCAGCAGCUGGUGUUUGACCCGUUCCCGGUGUGCGCCGACUACGGCGGCGGCUUCGCCGACGACCUCAGCGCGGCGAACGCUGCGGCAUUCUACGGGCAGUUCGGCGGCGGCAAGGAGGGCGCGGACGACGACGCCGGGUUCGGCACCGGCGACUACAGCUGUGUCCUGGACGUGUCAGAGAACCUGGGCUACGGGGAGAGCUCGAGCAACAGCAGCAACUGGAACUACGGCGGCGAGGUUGGAAACGUGCUCGACGGCGAGGUGCUGGACUGGGCAAAGGCGGAGAUGGAGCGGCAACACGACCAACUGCUGGAGCACAAGUUUUUGCUGCCCUGCCCAGAACAGAGCCUGCUCGCAAAUUUCGAAUUCAAUUUGGAACAAUACUUCUGA